AUCCCAAUCUAUUUGUCCCCUUAUCACUCAGCACUUUAUUCUUCUCUCUCCAUUAAUCUUCCUUGAAAGAAAAUCAUCUUUGCUUUCACCCAUGACCACUGUUUAUGACCCUUCACACCAUCUCACCUCCAAAAAAUUGUGUUUCAAGGACCUUGAAAUCCCUCCAAGGAAAAAGCAACUCCAUUGUUGCCACAACGCCGCCGCCAUGGAACUUCCCCACCACGAAGCUAGGCUCCACAAAUACCUUCCUUCCAAUGAAGACGAUGACGGCACCGAUGAUCCAUACGGCACCGACCAUUUCCGCAUGUACGAGUUCAAGGUAAGAAGGUGUACAAGGAGCCGUAGCCACGACUGGACUGACUGUCCUUUUGCUCAUCCAGGUGAAAAAGCCCGACGUCGUGACCCUACUCGGUACCAAUACUCCUCCACCAUCUGUUCUGACUUCCGCCGUGGCGGUGGUUGCCCUCGCGGCGAUGACUGUGAGUUCGCUCAUGGAGUGUUUGAGUGUUGGCUACACCCUACACGUUACAGAACCGAAGCUUGUAAAGAUGGUAAGAAUUGCAAGCGUAAGGUUUGCUUCUUUGCUCAUUCGUCACGUGAGCUUCGUCUCUUGCCGGAAUCACAACCUCCAUACAAAAACUCUGAAAAGAACUAUAACCAUUGCUGCUUGUUUUGCCGGUCCGUUACAUCGUCGUCGUCGUUGUCCCCAACAAGCACUCUCUUGGGUUUAUCUCAUUUCUCGAGAUCCCCAUCCCUGUCACCGCCUCUAUCUCCCUUAAAACACCAGCAAAGAACACCAAGGUACGGCGGUGAUCGUAUUAGUAAAUUUGGAACCGAAAUGACAAGCAGUUACGAUGAUGUUUUUUUGAAGGAAGUCAUGAGUUAUUUAGGAACCAUGAAUUUGUCCGAAGUAUCUUCACCAAUGGCUACUACUGCAAAUACAAACAUUCCAUGCUUCGAUGUUUCAUUCAAAGGAGCUCCUUCAAUGGUAAGUCCUUCUGGUUCUGGUGAAUAUUUCAAUGGUGGUGGUGAUGAUGAGAAAAACAAUGGAAACGGUGUCGUUUUGGAUCAUGAUCUCGACCUCGGGUGGGUUAAUGAGCUCUUGAUGUAGAGGAAGAAGAUAUAUAUAUAUAUAUGAUCUGCAAAGUGUAUAUAUUUUAUGUGUGAUUGGGUUUAAAAAGAUUGCUGAUCUGAUGAUUGUUUUUAAAUAUUUCAUAUUGCAAACCAAGUUAAUUUCAAUUUGUAAGGCUUUUUUUUCUUGAAGAGAUCUAAUAUGAUCUUCUUUUUAUUUAUGUACUUUCUUAACUUAUGAAAUAUUGAUGAAGUCAAAACUUUUGUUCUCUUCU